UCCAAACUUAAUAUUGGAAAUAUUAGUCAAUUCAUAUCCUAUUUUAAUAGUUUUAAAACAUUUUUCCAUAAGUCAUACACCAAUGGAUACGAAUCGGAUGAACGUAAAAAUCUAUUGAAGCAAACAAUUGAAUUGAUUAAAAAACAUAACAACAAUAGUAAAGUCAAAUAUCAUCAGGGAAUCAAUGAACUAUCAGAUCUGACUUUGGCUGAAUUUAAGAAACAUAGAUUAGGUUUAAUUAAAGAUAAAGAUAAAGAUGAAGACGUUAUGCUUAAAAGCGAUAAUUACUCAGCAUCGGUAUCAUCUAAUAUCAAAAAAGAUAUACCCAUUGAAUGGGAUUGGAGAAAGUAUGGUAUAGUAACACCAGCCAGACAUCAAAAAACUUGUGGUUCGAGUUGGAGUUUUGCAGCGGCCUCUGCAGUGGAAAGUCAUCUAAUGAAGGUUCAGAUCGCUGAGGGAAAGUUUGAUCCGGAAAAACAAUUGACAAUAAGUGAACAAAAUCUAAUAGACUGUUCCCGUACUUUUGGUAACUUUGGCUGUCAGGGAGGUAAUACUCGACAGGCAUUCAAUUAUUUAAAAGAAAAUAAAGGAGCAAAUACUAUACCGGAUUAUCCAUAUUAUGCAAUUAACAGUUUCUGUCAAUACAAUCGCCAGAAGCGCAUAGAUAUAGAUAUCAGAGAAGUCAGACGUAUUCAGUCCGGCGAUGACGACGAUCUGAUGGCCGCUAUCUAUAUGUACGGACCGGUAACUGUCGGCUUUCACGCCACCAAUCAAUUCAAAGUUUAUGAAUCUGGUAUUUUUGAAGAUUCAAAAUGUGAUGCUGAACAAAUUGACCAUGCUCUAGUUGCUAUAGGCUAUACUAGCGAUUAUUUUAUACUCAAAAACAGUUGGGGACCAAACUGGGGUGAAGAUGGCUUCAUAAAGGUGUCCCGAUCUAAGAUUAACUUAUGCGGUAUUAGUGAACAGUCCUACUAUCCAGUGCUGGCCAACGAUGUCGGUACCGAUAAUAUGAAAGACAAACUAAAGGAAAUACAUAAAAUGAAAUCUUCAAUUGUAAAUGUAAUUCAACUAUCAUUAGUGUUAUUAUUAUUAUUUCUAUUGGAUUUGUCUUAUAUUGAAUCCUCAGCACCGGUACCACUACCUGUUGCUGGCGAUCAACCUGAUAUACCGUUUGAAUGGGAUUGGAGAACGUAUGGUAUAGUAACACCACCUAAAAAAAGGGAUUCUUGUUUUGCCAGUUAUAGUUUUGCAGCGGUCUCUGCACUGGAAAGUCAUCUAAUGAAGAUUCAGAUUUCUGAGGGAAAGUUUGAUCCGUCAAAUCAAUUGAUAUUAAGUGAACAAAAUCUGAUCGACUGUUCCACUAGUUUCGGAAACAUGGGUUGCAAUGGAGGCUUUACUCGAAACGCUUUUGCAUACAUUAAUGUAACUAAAGGACUCAAUACUUAUAAAGAUUAUCCAUAUACUGGAAAAUUUGAUCACAACUGUCACUAUAAUUAUAUAAAUCGUGUCGAUAUCGACAUCAAAGAAAUCAAACGCAUAACUACCGGCUCUGACCGGGAAUUGGCGACAGCUAUCUAUAGACACGGACCGGUCACUGUUGCCAUACAUGAGACCAAAAAACUAGUAGAUCAUAGAUCGGGUAUUUAUGUUGACUACUUAUGUGAUGCCCAUAAAAUUAACGUUGCUAUGAUUGCAGUUGGUUAUCAUCCAAAUUAUUUUAUAAUCAAAAACAAUUAUGGCACAAAUUGGGGAGAAAAUGGUUAUUUUAGACUCUCCCGGACGAAGGUUAACAAUUGCGGUGUUAGUGAACAGGCCUACUAUCCAGUGCUGGCCAAUGAUAUCGAUACCGAUAAAAUCAGA